AUGUCUCACAAUGCCAGGAAAGGGCAGAGUUCCGAGAAUAAUGUGCAGACAGACAGCGGACGCGAAAGCUCUCGCCCGGUAUCGUUGUCGCAAGGUCUAGAGCGGAGUCCUCGAAAUUCUAUUUGCGCUGUAUCUCCUGAGACACUCCCUUCCGACCAGUCAUCCGGACCUUCGAAACCAUCAGGCUCCCAAAAUGUGCCUGGUGUGGUUAAGAAUCGAGAUCGAGGGUUUUCUCUACGCAGGACCUUGUUUGCGAAGAACAUAAAAAUGUUGCCACAAGCAAGACCAGAGGCCAUUGAGCUGACAGCGCCUAUCCAUGCCACAAGCAAUGCACCUCCCGCGAAGCAUGAGGAAGAGACCGUUGCCAGCGCGAGGUCUGGUAUACGCAUCUGGCGAUUAGGAAAAGACCUCUAUACCAAAGCCAGCAAGACAAUCUUGGGUAUAACUGAACUCCCUCCCAGCGCAGAUGGGAGGCAUAUUUUCAUUAAUGAAGCCAAUCUGCUUGACGAGCGCACUCAGUCGCCCUACAUUCAUAACUCCAUUCGCUCGUCCCGUUACAGCUUCUUCAGCUUCUUCCCCCGCCAGCUUUUCGCCCAGUUCUCAAAACUUGCCAACGCCUAUUUUUUAGCAAUCAGUAUUCUGCAGCUGAUACCUGGUCUGAGCACAACCGGAACAUUCACUACUAUAGUGCCGCUUCUGGUGUUUGUGGGUAUAUCGAUGGGCAAGGAAGGUUGGGACGACAUUCGCCGCUGGAAGUUAGAUAAGGAAGAGAACAACCGCACAACGUAUGUGCUUAACAGAGAAUUUGAUGCUAAAGAACCUACAUCGGAAACGGAUGACAAUCCUCCACCCUUACCUCAGCUCUGGACUGCAAAAAAGUGGUUACAAGUUAAAGUGGGAGAUAUCAUUCGUCUCAAAAGAGACGACCAGGUUCCGGCUGACAUGAUAUUGAUGUACGCAGAGGGUACUACCGCGUAUACAGAGACGAUGGCGUUGGACGGUGAGACUAACUUGAAGAAUAAGCAACCCCCGGUGUCACUUUUAAAUCACUGUCGAACCCUUGAUCAAGUAUCAAACUGCCAUGGUGAAAUAGUCGUUGAAGAUCCGUCCAUGGAUCUCUAUCGUUUUGAGGGUAAAAUUAGCAUCGCAGACCAAAUACUUCCUUUGACAACCCAUGAAGUCAUGUACCGCGGAAGCAUUUUGCGAAAUACGCCGGUCGCAGUCGGCAUCGUCUGCUACACGGGCGAAGAGUGCCGGAUACGACAGAAUGCGAACAAGAAUCCUCGAAUCAAGGCUCCGGCGCUCCAGAGUUUGGUCAACAGAAUCGUAAUCUUGAUUGCGGGCUUUGUUUUGGUACUUUCGCUAGGCUGCUCUUUCGGAUAUAGUGCUUGGAAUUCAUAUGAGGAUAGGGCAUGGUAUCUCUCUGGAACCACCGUGAAUUGGGGCCAGGUCCUAGCGUCUUUCAUCAUCAUGUUCAAUACCCUGCUACCACUUUCUCUGUAUGUCAGCAUGGAGAUUGUUAAAGUCAGUCAAAUUUUCCUGAUGAACAGUGAUGUUGAUCUGUUCGAUGAGGUGUCAAAUACCCCAAUGCAGUGUCAGACGUCCACCAUCAACGAGGAGCUUGGUCAGGUCAGCUACAUCUUCUCUGACAAAACAGGGACCCUGACCAAGAACGAAAUGAAAGUCAACAAGCUGAGCUGUGCAGGAUAUGUGUGGAAUCACGAAAGCGAUAUCAACAGCCUGGCAGCCGAAACAAGGGUAGCAGAGACAAGGCAGAACGGGAAAGAGAACCAAUCUGUGUCAAGAGGGGCUGGACAGCCUGAGCAAAGUCCUCGAAGAUCCAAUGCAUGGGGUUUCAUCGGAAGCAGCAACUCAGUCCAUGGUCCAGAAGAUGCUGGGUCCUCCACAGAUGAGCGAAGACGAGACGUAGGUAAACCAGCUCGUCCGUCACACAAUACGACAACCACGCAGCUAAUCGAGUACAUCUACAAGAACCCCUCAGCGCCACUUGCCAUCAAGGCGAGAUUCUUUCUUCUCUCGAUAGCGUUAUGCCACACGUGUGUUCCUGAGAGCACGGAACAGCAGGAGGGAAUUCGAUAUCAAGCGACUUCUCCCGACGAGCUUGCCCUAGUCACGGCUGCACAGGAAAUGGGCUACCUGUUUCUUGAUCGUCAAAGCAGCACGGUCACCCUUAAAAUCUUUGGAAGCGGCGACGGUGCGGAGCCAGUUUUCGCAAAGUACGAGGUCCUUCAUGUGAUUGAGUUCACAAGCGAUCGGAAACGAAUGAGUGUAAUUGUAAGAGAACCUGAUGGUCGGAUAUGCAUUCACUGUAAGGGCGCAGAUUCGGUAAUCCGUGACCUAUUGCGGCUUUCUGAUCUGGCUGCUGCCCAAGCGAAGGCUAUCGAACAGCAAACCACCAAGGAGAAAAGCCUGGGCGCUCAGGAAGCGCUCAGAAGACAGAGUACUACCCCUAGCCUCGGACGCCCUAGCUUUGACGCAGUCGGAGCAGGACGCAGAACCAGUUCGUUCCAAGGGAAAGGCUCAGUGCGGUACAGUGUUGACCAAUGGCUCUCGGAUCGAGAAGCUGACACGGCCAUCUCGCCCACCUCUCCUGUUACUGCUCACACUCAACCUCUCUCACGUCGCACAUCUGGACAACCGUCAUCACGUCGAUCAUCAAUGCAGGAAAGGAACCUACAAUUAAAAUCUCACGAUACUAUACCAGUCUCGCCCUCGUCGGCAGAAGUCAAAGACCUUGUUGAUGACAACCUGCUGUUGAAAGAGUCUUGGGUGAUAGAGCAAACCUUGAGACACCUGAACGAAUUUGCCAACGAAGGUCUACGUACUCUGUUGCAUGCAGCUCGCUAUAUAAGUGAAGACGAGUACCGCAUUUGGGCAGAAGCUUACCGUGAAGCGACCACUUCCCUUACCAGCCGAGAAGAACGAAUUAGCGAGGUGGCUGAUCUGAUCGAGAAAGAAUUCGAACUCAUUGGAGCAACAGCCAUUGAAGACAAAUUGCAAGAUGGCGUUCCCGAUACCAUUGACCGAUUAAGAAGAGCCAACAUCAAGCUUUGGAUGCUUACUGGUGACAAGCGCGAGACUGCGAUCAGCAUCUCACGCUCAUGUAGGCUUGCUAAGGACUAUUCCACCUUCAUCAUACUCGAUCACGUCGUGGGCCCCGUCGACCAGGAGAUAGCCAAUGCGUUGCUUGACAUCAAACAAGGAACGGUUGCUCAUGCGGUGCUUGUCAUGGAUGGUGGAACUUUGGCUUCGAUUGAGGGCAAUACUGCACACAAGACUGCGUUGCUCGACCUGGCGACCCUGGUAGACUCGGUCAUUUGUUGCCGGGCAAGCCCAAGUCAGAAGGCCAUGCUUGUGAAAUCAAUUCGACGUCGCGUGAAUGGAGCUGUCACUUUAGCCAUUGGCGAUGGCGCGAAUGAUGUGGCGAUGAUCCAGGAGGCGGACGUGGGCAUCGGCAUAUCUGGAGGAAAGGAAGGCCUUCAAGCCGCGAGGACGAGUGACUAUGCCAUUGCUCAGUUCCGCUUUCUUUGUAAACUGCUGUUGGUUCAUGGGAGAUACAACUACGAUCGAAUCAGCAAAUACGUUCUGGGCACCACUUACAAAGAGAUGCUGUUUUAUCUGACGCAAGCUCUCUAUCAGCGAAGCAAUGGUUAUACCGGGACAAGUUUGUACGAAAGCUGGUCGUUAUCAUGGUACAAUGCAUUCUUCACCUCGUUACCGAUCAUCUUUCUGGGUGCCUUCAUGGCUGAGUUGUCCCCGGCCACACUUCUGGCUGUGCCUGAACUCUAUACCAGAGGUCAACGGAGGGGCUCAUUCAACUUCAAGCUUUACUUGUGGUGGAAUUUUAUGGCCACGGUCGAAGCAAUGCUAGUUUUCUUCGUCAUGUACGGUAUCUAUGCGCGGACAACCUUCACCCUCGAUAACGGGCUCUUCGCUAUGGGAGUGAUGACCUACACUGCCUGUGUCAUCAUUGUGAAUAUGAAGCUACAGGUGUUGGAAAUCCACAACAAAAACAUUUUGGUGGUGAUUGCUCUCGUUGUCAGUAUUGGAGCAUGGUUUGCAUGGAAUAUCUUACUGUCUGCUGUCUAUGAGGACAACGUGAUCUACAACGUCAGGUCGGGCCUCCUAGAGCGAUUUGGACGGAAUGCUCUCUGGUGGUUGACGCUAACGGUCAUCGUGCUUUCAUUCUUGCUGUUUGAGUUGGCCAUCAAAGCUUUAAAGGCAAACUUUUUCCCAUCUGAUGUGGACGUCUUCCAGGUCUAUGAGCAAACCCCUGUUCUACGACAACGCUUCCAGGUCUCGGCUGCCCCGUUCCAUCAACCAGCGAAGCCACAUUCGAACCGCAAGAACAAGGCUGAUGGAAAGACAAAGGCUGCUGUCGAGGCAGAUCGGGAGGCACUGGUAGAGGCGAUGCUCCAGAAUCGAGCUUCAGACAAGGAUCCUACCCUGGCAGCAGCAUCAACGCUUGGCAAGGAUUCUAAGAUUGGAAGUGUGAUACGAAAUUCGAUUGAUGUGUUCAGCAAAGGAUUCGGGCUGGUCAGAAAAGAGCAUCGGUGUUGA